AGCACUUCCGGGACUGGUGUUUGUUGCGGGAAAUAAACGCCGUGGUGCUGAACGGGGGGCUUCAGGCAUUAACGGUAGAAGGACCGGUCACAAACUACUACACUACCCCACCUCCAGGCAUGUGGUCACGGCAGUUUUCGACGGGUGUAAGAUAAGGAGGCAGAAGAAGUGGCGAUUUGAGAGUGAGGAAGGACGAGGUGGAAAUAUCCUCAGACAGCCAGCAGAGCAAAGCAGAGCCGCCCCGACAGCACGGAGUUGUCGCGAUGUUGUAACCAAACCAUGGACAGCAGAAUAAAGGAGAAUCCAGAAAGAACAUUUGAUCUGGUUGUACAGGUGGCAUGUCCAACAUCUGAAAAUGAAGAUCCAGCCGUGCUGUGGAGCUUCCCCCAGGACCACACAGACCAGGAGGUCCUUCAGACGAUACCAAAGUUCUGCUUCCCCUUUGACGUGGAAAGGGUUUCCCAGAGUCAAGUGGGGCAGAAUUUCACCUUUGUGCUGACGGACAUUGACGGCAAACAGAGGUUUGGUUUCUGUCGACUCACUCAAGGCUGCCGGGUCUGCAUAUGUCUGCUCAGUUAUUUACCAUGGUUUGAAAUCUACUACAAGUUGCUAAAUACUCUCGCAGACUAUCUAACAAAACAACAGGAAAAUGACUUGAAUGACAUGCUGAAUUCUCUCUAUGAUCUGCCUGUGCCAAAGCCCUUCACGCCAGUCAACCUGAGUGUGAAUGAGCAGUUGUAUAUUGCCACUGGGCAAGUACUGAGAGAUCGGCAAAGCAAGGAGCCGCACUCCUACUUCAUUGCCCCGGAUAUCAAUGGACUGCCAACUAUCCCUGAAAGCAGGAACCUGACAGAGUACUUUGUGGCUGUGGACGUCAACAACAUGCUCCAGCUCUAUGCCAGUAUGCUGCAUGAACGGCGCAUCAUCAUUACCUCAAGCAAGCUUAGCACUUUAACUGCAUGUGUCCACGGUGCGGCCUCUCUGCUCUUUCCUAUGUACUGGCAGCACAUCUUCAUCCCUGUACUGCCCCCGCAUCUUCUGGACUACUGCUGUGCCCCCAUGCCAUACUUUGUGGGAGUUCAUCUUAGUCUGCUGGAGAGAGUACGCAGUCGAUCACUGGAGGAUGUGGUCAUUCUGAAUGUGGACACCAACACCCUGGAGAGCCCCUUUGAUGACCUGCACAACCUGCCCAGUGACGUGGUGUCCUCUCUAAAGAGCAAGCUGAAGAAGCAGUCAACAGCAACAGGAAGUGGUGUGGCGAGGGCCGUCCUGAGAGCGCAGGCCGCUCUUUUUGGAUCCUACCGAGAUGCCCUCCGAUAUAAACCCGGGGAGCCAAUCACGUUCUGUGAGGAGAGCUUUGUGAACCAUCGCUCGAGCACCAUGAGGAACUUCCUGUCCAUGGCUGUUAACCUGCAGCUCUUUAAACAGUUCAUCGACGGACGGCUGGCCAAAUUGAACGCAGGCCGCGGCUUCUCCGACGUGUUUGAAGAAGAGAUCACAGAGGGGGGCUUCUGUGGAAGUAAUUCAAGGUCUUACCAGCAAUGGAUGCACACUGUAAAGAGAGGAGGAGCACUCUUCAACACAGCUGUGACAAAGGCCAAGAGUCAUGCCAAGAGGGGCAUCCGGGACAUUAAGGGUAGACUUAAAGCAAGGGAAGAAGAAGAAGAGGGGGUGAUGGUCUGUGCGGGGUCUCCCACCAGCACCAAGAGCUUGUCUCCAAGGAGACUGCAGAAGAUGAGACGGCAAAACUUCAACAAGUCUCCAAUGAGCAUGGGCCCUCGAGAGCUUGGCUACGGGCUCGAUGAUGAUGAGCUGGACAGUGCAAGCAAGAUCUCCUCAGAGGACAGCGGCGAUGUUCCUUCGUACCUCGGGGACAGCGAUGAUUCCUACUCACUAGAACUCGAUAUAGACUCCUCCCGCUCAGGCCAGAUGAACCUGCUGGAGGAAAUCCUAGACUCUCUGAACACCACAACGGUGGAGCAAGGCAGGCUCAGCGCUGCCAAGAGCCUGGACUUCUUCAGGUCCAUGGAAGAGUUGGACUACAAAGCCCUGAGCAAGCCCACACCUUCUGGUGAAUGUAAACCUGCGGAUGAGAGUGGCUGUGGUGGAGGCAUGGAUCAGGGAGGCUGGAAUAUGGGCCAGGAUGACAGUGCAGUCCACGGAAAACACCUUCCCCCAUCCCCGCGCAGACAGCCCAACAAGAGCAGCAUGAAGGUGUCAAAGAAACCCGCGACAGCUCCUGCUGUGUCCAUCAUCACAUCGACACCCUCAGCCCAGGACGCUGACAUCUCCAUGUCACAUCCUCAUCAACCCAGCUCUGACCUUCACACUCUACCUCUAGGGCGACAACCAGGAGACCGCUUCUCCUACUCGCCCUUACUGUCCCAUAGAGUUACACCUAUGCCGCCAUCUUCCAAUCUCUCUCACACCUACAGUUCUCCAGCAUCUGUUUCACACCCAAACUAUUCUCCUGUACCAGCAGGCCGAUCUCGGACCAUCUCGGACCCCCAAGCCAGCACAGAGCUUCCUCAGGCCCAGAACCUGUCUUCCCCCACCAGCGUCCUAAGGAGGAAGGUGCUGUCCAAGGAGACAGUGAGGCACUACCAGGAAAAAGCCCUCCAGAGGCAGGGCAGCAAGGGCCGACAGGAGGGUCAAGGGAACCCGUCAAGGAACAGCCACUCAGCUAUGCAGGUCCCGUGGGAGAAAGAGGUGUCCAAGGAGGGGCUCCUGGGGCUCGGCCUGUGUCUGGGUCAGGCUAAAGGCUCAGGGGCGGCUGUGGUGCAGGAUCAAGGCCUCCUCGAGGAGAUUGAGUCCAUGUGUUGCCUCGGCUCAGUCCUCCACACCAGCCUGCAACUUUCACAGGUUCACUGCAACAACAGUCACCACCAGGUCCAGGGCAAAGCCACAGACGAGUCGUAGGGACGUCAAAGACCCAGCGUCUGUAAAAUGCCACAGUUUCUACUGAAAUCUAUUCACUGUAGUUCCUCUUUUACAGUUAGCUGCAGUCUCAGAGAGCAUGAUCGGUACUGAACCUUUUACUCUUGAUGCUCAGCUAUCAGGAAAAAAUUGUGAACACAUUUGAUGUCAUACAGGCAGAAACAAACAGAUACUCACAACCUCUAGAGCAGGAAACACGAAGAGAUGAAUAGGUGUCCUCUCAUCUUCCGAUGUUAUUUCUGUGUAAAAUAGAAGUCUAUCAACAAAAGCGAAAACUUAUGCCAGUGUCUGUUUUCUUGCAAUUAAUGUUUUUCUUUAAAAAGACUUGCAGUACAUUCAUUUGCAUUGGAAACAUGUUAAAAUAAUGGUACUACAGUGGCGGAUUUUUUCAUUUCCAGUGCAAGAUAGGUGAUUUUACUCUGAGUGAAUUGGAUACUCUGCUAAAAUGACAAGUUAGGAUUUUAUAAAGUUUCACGUUCAUAAAACAAGUGAAUGAUUUUGUGAACUGAGAGAGCAGCACUUAAAAAACACAAACUUGAGGCCAUAUUUUGAGAUUUUUCUUGUGGUUUUGAGGUACCCUCCAACUUAUUUUAAAUAGAUAUAACUUUAUGAAUUCAAUUACAAAAAAGAAAGACUUGAUCAGAAGAAUACUUUAACAUUGUGUUUACUGCUCAUCAUAGUAUUUCAGUCUGUAAUCAUCUAAAUUUAUGGACAACUGUGUGUUGUUGUUUUUUUCAUCUUGUAACAUAUUUACCUGAAAGAAAAGACCCAUAAAUUAUUUGGGUCAAAUUUAAGUAGCCAACUAGUAAUGGAGGAAUUUUCAUUUUCUUUUAGAAAAGAUGUGAGUGCUUUGUUAGGAUUAAAAAAGGGAUGAUGUCUUCUCAACACACUGUUAUGUCAGUCUUAGACUUACUGUUCCAAACGUUUUACAGGAUCAAAUUAAAUUUCCACUUGUAGAUUGAGUACUAAAAAUCAUUUGAGCAAAAACAACAAAGUUAGACAGGAUUUUCCAGACACAAAGUCCACUUGGGCCUUUAAAACAAAUUAUACACUGUGUAUUAUACAUGUUUUUUUUAUCACCAUGCCUUAAGUGGACAUGUGAUUUGCUUUUGAUUCUCUGGUGUCUUAAUCUAUAGAUACCAUAACAGGUACUUUGGAAUCAGAAUCUCUGAUACUCUCAGAUCUUAAAUGCAACAGUGAAUAGUUCUUAGACAGCACUGUAUUUCUCUGGAUUAAUAGAAUAGUUAAUAUAUAUGUAUAUGAUGUGCUUUAAGCUGCUGUUUUUAAUUGCAUUCCAGAUAAUGAGAUGUGCAUGUAGAAACCUCUCUCUGUCCUUUCCCUGUGUUCCUCAGGACACUUCUGUCACUCUGAAGAGUGAUCUUAAAAUGCCAGUGUCAGUGUUUCCACCAUCAUCACUCUUCCCCUAAUGUUGUCUCUCCUAAUUUUUUGUCGUUACGUCCUUUCAGCACAUCUAACUUUCACUCUCAACCUCAACAAUAUUUGGAAUGGAUGUGGAAAAGGUGAACUUUAAAGCAUAAGGCCGGUGAUAUUCUGCAUUUUCUUACUGUCCUAUGAAACAAAGCGUUACUCCCUCUCACGAUGCGUUCAAACUUCUUUCUGGACCAGUCCCCGAGCCCAUUUCUUCCUACUGAAAAUAUCAAGUAGAGCACACACAUAUUGUUUAAUUUUUAGUUUUUAAAACACUUUUAGCAAAUGUUACUCAAACAUGAUUAAAUAAUGCAUUUGUUGGUUUGUGGUCCUUUCGUAUUAUUUGUUCAUAUUAAGAAAGAUAUGCAAUAUCACCAGCUUUAUCACAUAACUCGGUGUGUUUUUCUUUCUGUCUGUCUCUGUCACUCUCUGUCCUUGUAGGUUGGACUCACGCACUGUUAUGUAAUGCAGUGUUGAUGAUUGUACUGUAAUGAAGCAAUACGGUUCUCCUCGGAGAGUAGCUACAUGGAUGUAAUGUGUACAGAGUCCAAAGUAUUUCCAUAACAGACUCUCCUGUGGAGAGAAACGCCGCGUCCAGAAAUUGUGGGUUCCCAUCAUUCUCUGCCACAAACCUAGAGGAAAGAAGAAAGCUUUUUCUUGUGCUUGUGUUGGGAUUAUUACAUUUAUGGUUCGUUGUUCUUAUGAUUUAUGGCAGACGCCAGUCGGUGUGGCAGUUUAAUAGCAGCUAUUUCUCUGCUUUUUGAGUGCUGCUCUGCGUUAACGAUUUGCUCAUAAAGUCUUUGGCGUGCUUCUAAAAGCCCAGGAAUCAGUCCUAGUAAUUCCAAAAAGGAGAGAGAAAAAAACAUACUCCAGAACGAACUCUGCACUGGCCUUAUUCAUUGUAAACACUUUAAAAAACGUAUUUACUAUGCAAAUAUUUAAAUUGUCAAAAAAAGGUCAGUUCUCUUUAACAGUUAUGACGUAAAAAUGCACGAUUCUACUUGAAAAAUAAUCACAAUCAAGCUAGUUUCUAGUGGGAGUAAGCCUCGUGUCCCUAAGUAAAAAUAUGAAAGUCUAUUUAACUGUGUGUGAGCUGAGGUGUGUCCAUGAGUGUUACUGACAAAAUGGUGUGUAUGGUGUGCCUUAUACAGCAAGAGUACCACUCAGUAUAAUCAGAACAAGGUAGAGUAUUAUAGAAAGGAGGUGUAUGCAAUGUUUUUAGACCACCUUAAAUCAUUGGAUGUUAUGGUAUUUAUAUGAUAAACAGACACAAAACCUGUUUUGGUUUUUAGAAACUGGCCUGAAAUGAACUUGGGUACUAGCAUUGCUUUUAUAGCUGUUUUGUUUUUGAGUUUCGGCUGCAGUCCAGCUGGAGUUACUCAGUGUUUUUCUUUGCUGCGGUGGCCGGUGGGAAUCUUCCUGCCUGUAUUUAAGAGAACAUCUCUGAAUUUCUCUGGGUUAUUUGACUUUUUGUAAAUUAGGUACUUUCCUUGCUUGUACUAAUAAAUGGUUACAUGUAUAGUUUGUGCCCUCUGUUCUUUUCUCUUUAAAAAAAAACCAACCUUGAAGACUCAUUCUGAGCUAACUAUAUUGAAAAACAUUUCUCAGAGGAGUUUCUCUAGUUGAUUUCAUAUUGAUGAAAAAUUAUUUUCAACUGAAUAGACUGUAUUUUUGCUGGCUUGAGUUUAUUUUACAUGGAUAACAUAUGAUUGGUGUUGUAUGUUGUAGAAAAUGAUGACACCUAAUAUUUGAAUGUUUUAGAUUUUAUUUUUGGAAGAAAAAAAUAGAAUAUUAACAAAUGUCCCAUGUAGCCUUUCAUGUUCAGAAGCAUUUGACACCUUCUAAUCAAAAUAAGCACAUGGUACAAUACUAAUUGUUGUAUCUGCAUGUAUGUACCUGUACAUGUUGUAUACUAUGAUUUUGUUAAGUUUAGUGUUACAGAUGUGGUCUCUUCUGUUGGUUUAAAUGUUUAUUUCAGUAUUUAGCUCUUCCAUCAAAUUGAGAAUGAUGGAAAUAACAUUGGCCCUGCCUUGCAUUGGGUGUCGUAAAGUUAAAUGUCAUCUGCCUUGCAUUUUAUGUUGAAGAAGUAAUCUCUACUUUACUGGUUACUGUAAAUCUUAUCCGUAGAGGUUUAUGGGAAGAAAUACUUGAGCGGUCAGCUGCUGUUAAGGGUGAUAUGAAAAGCUUAAGUGUCCCUCUUUUACCGUUUACACUAAUGUUGUACAAGAAUGAAGACAUUGUCAGUGGAUUGGCAUUUCAGUGUCUGCAGGCUUGUGAUAACUAAGCAUACAUGAUUAUCUGCUAACAACAGAGGGUAAAGUAAUUAGUAAAUAUAUAGUGAGCACAUUUGUCCUGAAAUUACUAAUUUGGAGUGAGUGGGAGGUAACAGAUUAUGUAGCAGCGUUUACUGAGGUAAUAUGGAGUGAGAACACAUGUUCAACUUUACAAAUUAAUUAACAUCACUUCCCCUUAACUACACAUUUAAAAAAAAACAACAUUUCAGAGUAGUGAUGACCUUGGGCGCGUUAAAGUAACCAACUUUUUGUAAUGAUAAUUAACUCUAUUGCCAUUUACUGAUUUUCUGAUUCUGUGCACACUUGCAUGUUCUCAUUGCAGAGAAAAUGUCUUAAACACCUGAGGUCAAUCUAAUGUGCUAUUCAUGAGUAACUUGGUACAACUGCACAUAAUGUAUGCACUGUGAACUGAAAAUAAAUUAUACUGUUUCCUGCUUA